AUGGCUCUCAAGCGCAUCAACAAGGAGUUGACCGAUCUCGGCCGUGACCCUCCCUCUUCCUGUUCAGCUGGCCCCAUCGGAGAUGAUCUGUUCCACUGGCAAGCAACCAUCAUGGGUCCCGGCGAUUCACCAUAUUCCGGCGGUGUCUUCUUCCUAGCAAUCCACUUCCCAACCGACUACCCCUUCAAGCCCCCGAAGGUCAACUUCACCACCCGCAUCUACCACCCCAACAUCAACUCCAACGGCAGCAUCUGCUUGGACAUUCUGCGAGACCAAUGGAGCCCUGCUCUGACCAUCUCAAAGGUGCUGCUGAGUAUCUGCUCGAUGCUGACAGACCCAAACCCUGACGACCCGCUCGUCCCCGAGAUCGCACACGUCUACAAGACCGACCGGUCCCGCUACGAAUCGACGGCGCGCGAGUGGACCCGAAAGUACGCCAUCUAG